UUGGUGGCGAAAGAUGCUGCGACGAUGAUCCUCCUCGUGAGCAGCUUGAAAACCCGAUGAUGAGCAUUGGGUGGGUGUGUCUCCGUGGAAAGCAGGUCGAUCGAUGCAGGAGGAGCAACAUUUGGUGUGAGCAGGAGUUGGGUUCCGGUGUAUGAGUUUGCAUUUGGGGAGAUGCCGUCCUCAGGAAGCUCUCAACGAUAUGUCUCCUCUGUGGGAGUUGGGGUGGUCACGGCCGUAGCGGGCGUGGCCGUUGCUGCGGCUGUUGGAGGAUUUAUCUAUUAUAACGAGGGGAGGUUGCCGUUCGAUCUUCCUUUUGCAAUUACACCGAAGCGGUAUCAUUCGCCUCUGAGUAAUGAGAACUGGAUUGCCAGCUUCGACUCGGAGGAGGGUAAAUUGUUGGAUGGCGGGGAGAAGAUAAUAUACAAGGUGCGUGCCGGAGGCGUCGAGCCCGCCAUCCGAGCUCAGGUAUGGCCAUUCCUGCUUGGAGUGUAUGAUUUAGACAGCAAUUUGGCGGAGCGAGAGGUUGUGCAAUUUACAAAGCAUGAGGAGUACGAGGAGCUGCGUGCUCAGUGUGCUAAGGCAGCCAAAACCCUUAAUGACCAGGGUGAGGAGGCUCUUAGUGACUUCGAGCAAGUGGAUGGCACACAAGCAGGGGAGAAGGUGCCUGAUGAGGAAGAAAAUUUCCAGACAUGGCGGCGGAUCAUUAAGUUAGAUGCAGUGCGGAUGAACGCGGAGUGGAUUCCGUAUGCAGCGACGCAGGCAAGUGUGACUUCCCAAGAGGCAGAGCGGCUGUCUAAAGAAGCGGGACUCAUGGACGACGAGCAUCUGGAACCACCGAUGAGACACCAUGCGGCACGGGUAGUGCUCAUUCUGGAAGCUUACACCAUGUAUGAUCCUGAGACGGGGUAUUGUCAAGGGAUGAGUGAUCUGUUGUCCCCCUUUGUAGCCUUGUUCGACAAGGAUUAUGAAGCAUUCUGGUGCUUAGUGAAGUUCAUGGAAUUUGCACGUCACAACUUCCGCGUCGAUGAGGUGGGCAUUCGUCGGCAGCUGAACAUGGUCAGUUCCAUCAUCAAGACUGCCGACCCUGAGCUUUACCUGCAUCUCAAGAGUUUAGGGUGCGAGGAUUGUCCAUUUGUCUACCGAAUGGUGGUGGUGCUCAUGCGAAGGGAGCUGAGCUUUGAGCAGACACUUUGUUUGUGGGAAGUCAUGUGGGCUGACUGGGCAGCCAUUGAGAAUAAAAAGGGCGGUGGUGACAGCCAAAUGAGGGAUAAAUUGGGUCCACCUUCACGAGAUUUGCUGCUCUACACCAUUGCAGCUGCUGUGCGCACGAAGAGGAAAAACAUUCUCAAUUACACCGAGAAGGAUGAUCUUGUGAGGGAGUGCAAUGGCAUGGCUGGUCAUCUCGAUAUCUGGGAGCUGCUUGCGGAUGCCAGAGAAUUGCUGCAGCUGGUGCGAUCCAAAGCUUCAAAGGACGAUUGAGCGAAGUGUAGCCGUAAGUUGAUCUGUUCUUUUUGUAUGCUUUAAACAAGAACCACUUCUGCAACAUUUUAUUUGUGUUUUCCCAUCUUUUUUUAUCCGUUCUUGUGGUUUCAGUAGUUUUGCACAUCUCAUCUCCCUCAACAUGCUCGAGGUUGUAGCGUAAAUCCCUCAUUUGCGAGUUCAGGAUAAAAAUUAAAAAAACAGGAAAUGACCUUAUCCACAGCAUGUCCACUGAACUUUAAGCAUGAUUGGUAUUGUUUCUGUGAAGAUGAGUCUAUUGUCAGAUCAUCAACUUUAGGUGUUUGAAGAUCUGCUUCUUUUGUUCCGGAGAGACUGUAAAGUGGUGUAAUUUUCUAGAGUUCCUGCAACGGGUUAUGUUUAAACAAUGGUUUCAUUUAUAAAAUGAGGGUUAAAUUUUGGAAACCUUGGAUUUC